AUGCAAAUUUCAGGUCGUACCCAUCUAUUCAGGCUGUACGCCUUCAAGGCUGCAAAACUGUCCAUUGCUGAUCUUAGUGCGUCUGCAGUGACUCUUUUGCCUCGACUCCUUAAGAAAGGUGACCCUCCCACCCUGGCUUUGGAGCUGAUUGAUGAACUCCCAGAGGGAGCUGUGAAGCCUCCAGCCAACAAGUAUCCUAUCUUCUUUUUUGGUACCCAUGAAACUGCAUUUCUAGGUCCUAAAGACCUUUUCCCAUAUAAGGAAUACAAAGACAAGUUUGGAAAGUCAAACAAACGGAAAGGAUUUAAUGAAGGAUUAUGGGAAAUUGAAAAUAACCCAGGAGUGAAAUUUACUGGGUACCAGACAAUUCAGCAACAGAGCUCUUCAGAAACUGAGGGAGAAGGUGGAAAUACUGCAGAUGCAAGCAGUGAGGAAGAAGGUGAUAGAGUAGAAGAUGGAAAAGGCAAAAGGAAGAAUGAAAAAGGAGGCUCAAAACGGAAAAAGUCCUACACUUCAAAGAAGUCUUCUAAACAGUCCCGGAAAUCUCCAGAUGAAGAUGAUAAAGAUUGCAAAGAAGAGGAAAACAAAAGCAGCUCUGAGGGCGGAGACGCCGGCAAUGACACAAGAAACACGACUUCAGACUUGCAGAAAGCUGGUGAAGGGACCUAACAACCAUAAUGAAUGCUGCAUAUUGAGAGAAACCACAAGAAGGUUAAAUGCUUGAUUGUCUAAUUCUUGGAUUUGAUCUGAACCAACACAUAGUCUUUGUUGUCACUGACAGAGCCCCACCCAGUAUGUGUGUGCAUUAUUCACAUUCCUGUCUGUUCUGUUGAAGGGGGAAAAAGAGACAUUUUGACCUUUUUUAAGGUUAUUGACUUAAUUUUAUGUUAUUUGGUUGCAUGAAAUUGCCCUUAACCACAAAAAGUUAUCAAGAUUUUUGCACAGACUUUUCCAUGUCUAAGCUCCUUUUCCAAGGCAGUUCUGGUCGUCAGCUUCCUGCCUUUACCCCCACAAUCAUCAAAUACUCAGUUAAACAGUAAUUCAUAUUUUUUAGAUGACUAAUCAACAUAAUACUUAAGGAUGGGAUUUUCUUUCUAAUAGAACCCAAGAACCAACUCCUAGAUACAUAUUGUUGGUAUACUGGAGGUGAAAUUAAAGUCAUCUUUCAAUUUUAAGGCCAUGUGUAAAGUUUAACCGUAUUGUACAAUACCUGUUCUGUAUUAGAAAUAGCUAGUUGAAACUUACACUUCUCAAAACUCAUGUUGCUGUGUACACAAACUGAGUGUAUAUGUGAAUCUAGUGAGUCUUUUUGUGUUAUACCAAAAUAAAGCAAGGAUUUAUUUUUUCCCAAUGCCAAUAUGAUUUGAGCUAAUCACUCAAGCUGGUCACUUUACACUUGAAAGCUGAAAUUAGCAGGAGCACCAUGGGAAAACAGACAAAGCAUUGAUGCUUGAACAUAGACUUUUAAAAUAAACUUUUCUUUUGGAACUAGAAUUAGAGUAGAUAGCAUUCACCUGCAAAUGAUUAUUAUGUGUACAUUAUUGUCGCUAUUGUGAUAAUAGAAUCUUAUUUAUUUUUAUGCCAGCUUAUACUGUGAGAACACAUUAGUCAGUUUGGGUUUCAUCAACUCUGUUAUGCUUGUCUUUGGAACAUCUUCCGUGUAUGUUUGAGGUUUGUAGCUGAAAAGUUUACUGUAAAAAAAAAAAUCAAAAACAACAAAAAAAUGUAUUGUUUUUACAGAAUAAAUUUAUUGGAAUGUG